AUGUCAGGACAACCACAAAAGUUAUGGGGUGGUAGAUUUACAGGCGCUACAGACCCUCUUAUGGAUUUGUACAAUGCCUCAUUACCAUAUGAUAAAAAGAUGUAUGCCGCCGACUUGGAAGGCACUCGGGUGUAUACCAUGGGUUUGGAGAAAAUUGGAUUGUUAACAGCAGAUGAACUGAAAGAAAUUCAUCGUGGUUUGAAACUUAUCAAAGAGGAAUGGGCAGAGGGUAAAUUUGUGGAAAAACCAGGCGAUGAAGAUAUUCACACUGCAAACGAAAGGAGAUUGGGUGAAAUAAUUGGUCGUCAUAUAGCUGGUAAAGUUCACACCGGCCGUUCGAGAAAUGAUCAGGUUGCUGUUGAUAUGAGAUUGUACGUCAGGGAUGAAUUGCGUAGUGUUUCAAAUAUAUUGAGCAAGCUGAUUCAAACCAUAGUGGCAAGAGCAGAAAAAGAGAUUGACUAUUUGAUGCCCGGAUAUACGCAUUUGCAACGGGCUCAGCCAAUCAGAUGGUCCCACUGGUUGAGUAUGUAUGCCACCUAUUUCACAGAGGAUUACAAACGUCUUCAACAGGUGAUAGAUAGAGUGAAUGUUUGCCCACUAGGUGCUGGUGCAAUUGCCGGUCAUCCAUAUGGUAUCGACCGUGAGUUCAUUGCUAAAGAAUUGGGAUUUAAUGGGGUGAUUGGAAAUUCGAUGACUGCAGUUUCGGAUAGGGAUUUUGUGAUGGAGACAAUGUUCUGGAUUUGCUUGUUUAUGAACCACGUGUCUAGAUUCAGCGAGGAUCUUAUUCUAUAUUGCACGAGUGAGUUCCACUUUGUCACUUUGGCAGAUGCUUAUUCCACUGGAUCUUCGCUCAUGCCACAGAAGAAGAACUCGGACUCCUUGGAGCUUUUGAGAGGAAAAUCCGGAAGAGUCUUUGGUAAUCUUGCCGGCUUCAUGAUGUCAAUGAAGGGAAUACCAUCUACCUAUGAUAAGGACAUGCAGGAGGAUAAAGAGCCAUUAUUUGAUGCUCUGACAACAGUUGAGCACUCUAUUCUUAUUGCAACUGGCGUUAUUUCUACGUUAACAGUUCACAAGGAAGAGAUGGCUGCUGCUUUAAGUAUGGAUAUGUUGGCUACAGAUUUGGCUGACUAUUUGGUGAAAAAAGGUGUUCCAUUUAGAGAGACGCAUUACAUUUCCGGUGAGUGUGUUCGUGCUGCCGAGGAAGCCCAUCUUUCAGGAAUAGACAAGCUAUCUCUUGAACAAUUUCAGGCAAUUGACAAAAGAUUCGGUCCUGAUGUGUUCGAAACCUUUAGUUUUGAAAAGAGUGUCGAGGAGAGAACUUCCACAGGUGGUACUGCCAAGAGUGCUGUCUUGAAACAGUUGGCAAGUCUUGAAAAGCAGAUUGGUCAAUAA